GCCUUUUUUGGGUGAGCGCGGGAGGCGGCGGAGCUUCUGGAAGCUUGUGGAAUUUUCUGUGGUGAGUGCUGGGGUCAGUGCAGCUGUUCCAGCGUUGUGUGGCUAAGGUUUUUAUUUCUCUGAGGGAGAGCCUAACGUUAAGUAGUGUUGAAGACUCAACAGCUGGGCAUUAUGGAAGUCUUCGUGUUACGGAUUGAAGAUCCAGGUUGCUUUUGGGUUACUAUGAAAGGAUGUGGGCCUCACGUAGUUGAUGAAACAGAAUAUAAAAAGCUGAAUGCAGAAAUGAAUCAGUUCUAUGACAAAGCUUGUGAAGAUGAAGUAAAGCCAAUAACACUAGAAAAAGACCAGCUUUGUGUGGUUUUCAGCGAGGAGCUGAAGUGCUGGUGUAGAGCAGUUGUUAAGUCUAUCAUGUACUGUGCAGACCAUUAUCAAAUAGAAUGUUUUCUAGUGGAUUAUGCAAAGUAUACUUUUGUUAAAUCAAAGGAUGUUCGCGUUGCAGUGGAAGAAUUUCUGCAAAUCCCAUUUAGAGCAAAAAAAUGUAGAUUGUAUUGCACAAAGCCAGUGACAUUGCGCGUUAACUUCUGUGAAGAUACAGCAAAAAUAGUACCAGCCAAAAGAUGGGAUAAUGCUGCUACGCGGUAUUUUCAGAGUCUUCUGAAAGCAACUACCCAAAUCAAAGCGAAGUUAUGUUCUGUGGAAGAUAAUACAUUUCAUGUUAUUCUUUAUGUGACAGUAGAAGAUGAAAAGGUAUGCAUUAACGAUGAUCUUGUCUUAAAGAACUUCGCUCAUUUUGAGGAAGCUAAAGAGAAUAUUCAAAGUCCAGCAAAAGGACAAGAUAGCCAGACAUCAUCAAAUGUUGAUUCUUCUCCAGUAGAAUUGGUUAAUCCAGCGCUUGCUUUCAGACCAGUGUGGUUGCAAGAGAAGGUACCAAUGAAUCUUGAAACAGGUCAUACUGUUUCCAGUUCCUCUCUUGAAAAGACAUACAAAAGGUCAAACAUGGAUCUGAAUGUAAAUAAUGAAUCUAGAUUUCAAAACGUUAGUGAAGAACGAAGCUUUGUCUUUCUUAACAACAAAAUUGAGCCAACUUCAGUUUUGGAAAAAGCGCCACUUCACGACAGUCUCAAAAAGGAGCUUGCUCAGGAUGAGUUUUUAGGCCCUAACUUCACAGAAUCUUACUGUUGGCCAGCAGUAGCUCGAGGAUGUGAUGUAGUUGCUAUCUCCUAUCAAGGAAAUGACCCUUUCUUAUAUAUUCCACCAGUUCUUGCUUUCUUGCAAGUGGAGAGCUGCUACAAAGCCUUGCCAAAAAGAAAUGGACCGCUGGUGCUUAUUUUAUGUCCUGGCUGGAGGAAGGCACAGCUUGUUUUUGAGUUACUGAGAAAAUACAGCACAUGCUCCAGACCGCUUCGUCCAAUGUUGAUAAUACUUGGGAAGAAAAAAGAAGAAGCUGAAACAGUGAAAAUCCAAGGAUGUGAAAUAAUUGUGACUACACCAUAUAGCCUCCUGAGAUUGUAUGAAUAUCACCUUUUAUUAUUUUCUGGACUCUGCCAUCUUAUUUUGGAUGAAAUUGAGGUACUAUUCUCUGACGCUGCUGAACAGGUUUUUGUUAUACUAGAUUACUACAAGAAAAGCCUCAUUACUGAGGAAUGGAAAUAUUCACCACAUCAAAUUAUUGCUGUUGGAACUCAGUGGAAUAAGCAUAUAGGAAGUUUAAUAAAGGAGUUUAUGAAUGAUCCUUACAUUGUGAUAACAGCUUUGGAAGAAGCUUCCAUUUAUGGAAACGUGCAACAGGUCGUGCAGUAUUGUGUGAGUAGUGAGAGAACUGCUGUGUUACUCAAAAUAAUGGAUUUUACCCCUAAUGAUCUUCAGAAGGUGCUGGUUUUCACUAAUUCUGUAGAUGAAGUAGAGAUGGUACAUAAGGCACUGGAGAGCAACUCAAUAUUUGCCUUCAAAAUGCAUAAAGAAAUGGAGUUUAAUUUCAAGGAUUUCUUGGAGCAUUGGACAAAAAGCGAUAGCAGUGGCAGUCGUGUUGUGUUAGUUCUAACAGAUGACUGCAUGCAGUUCUUGGAGAUUACAGAUGCAUCUUGUGUGAUACAUUUCAGUUUUCCUUCUUCUCCAACAAUCUUCGGUCAGCGUCUAUACAACAUGUCUGACAACUUCCAUAAUGUGAUAAAGGAUUCAUCUGAUCAGGACCAUCAGCAGGCAAGGUCAGUCAUAAUGCUAACAGAAAACAACGAGUGCCAUACUGUUGGUAUCCUGCGCUAUUUGGAGCAUGCUGAAGCUGACAUUCCACCAGGACUGGGCGGGGUGCUAGAAGCUGAAGAAAAAAAGAAGUUUGCAAGGCCAUUGUGCACCUAUCUUAAAAUGUUUGGGAGUUGCAAGAAUAGAACAGUGUGUCCAGAUCGUCAUCAAAUUAAUUUACAAAUAGACAUGCUCCAGAAUAUGCCAUCUAAAACUAUACAAACAUCUGGAUAUGUGACCGUACUGCCUCUCCAUAUUGUAAAUGCAACAAACUACUUUGGUCGUAUAGUAGAUAAACACAAGGACCAAUAUACCAUUCUUGCUGAAGAAAUCAAUGAGUAUUUUAAGGAGACUAGUAAUAGAGUUGCUGCUCAAAAGGUAGAGAAGCUAGCUUUGUAUGGAUUCUGUGAGGAAACAGUCUUUCACAGGGUUCAGGUGGUAGAGACUUCUUCAAAAGAAGAAAAUUUUAACAUCAAAAUUAAAUACAUAGAUGAAGGCAGAACUAGUCAAGUUCAGAGCUCUCAGCUUCUUCACUUACCUGCAAAAUUUCAGCAUCUGCCACCUCAGGCUCUGGAAUUUGUAGUUUGUAGAGUUAAACCCAUUGACAAUGACACUGAAUGGAACCCAAGGGUAACUCGUUAUAUUCAUCAGAAAAUUGAAAGAAAACCACAUGAAGCAAGGGUAGUACUUACUUUAGGAAAUACAGUUUGGAUUGACCCGAUGGUCCGGGUUACCAGGCUUUCAGAUUUGAAGAUUUAUGUCAAUGAAUACAGCGUGCGAGCUGAGAUUUUGUCUACGGGUCUGGGAACUGAUAAUCCAGAACAUAUAUCGCAACUUGAGAGGUUGUAUGAGCAUGCGAGGGUAUUAAGUCACAUGAAGAAUUUGGAGCCUUUAAGCAUAAAGGAGGAUGCAGUUAGUCCCAGGAAUGUGUCUGAACUGCAGAACGUGUCCUUACAGGAAAAUUCUUCGGAAAACUGUAAUUCUUCUAAAGUGAUUAUGGGGAAUGAUCCGUGUGAUGGUGUUGCUCAAACUAAGGAAGCAGAAGACUCUUCACUGCAUCCGCAGAAAUGUUUCUAUCCAGAAAUAAAAUGGUUUGAAAAUGAAGAGGCUGUUACGGUGAAGGUUCUAAUAGCGAGGAUAGCUGACUAUAAAUGUGAAUUCUCUAAGGAGAAGGUAAUUUUCAGUGCCUGCUCAGAAGGCAAACUUUACUCGGUUGAUAUGGAGUUAUAUCAGUGUAUACUUAAAGAAGAGUCUGCGUGUGUGAUUAAGGAUAAAGAGGCUAUUAUUCUCCUCAGAAAAGAGAAAAAAGGAGCAUGGUGCAAGUUAUUAAAGAACAAGAAUCCUCAUGUGUCUUUUGACUUUGAAUACUGGGAAGGUUUUGAAGACAAAAGCCCUUUUCCAGUUGGUACUAAAAAGCUGCAUUGCACUACUGCAGUGACGGAAGAACUGGUUGACUCUUCAGAAGACAGUGGUGCAGAAAGUGAUGAAUAAUUAGGAGAUGUAUUUUUUGUUUCUGUUAAUGUUAAUAUUGCGAAGUAGUAUGUAUUGCAUGAGAAUUACUCCCAAAAUUGAUGGAACUAAAGGUAUAGAUUGCAGAAUUGUCUUUAAUUUUAGGAGAAGGAUGAUAAGCCAAGUCCUUACUUGGCUUCUAAGCAUCUGGAGAAAUACUCUACAGGAUGACUUCAUAUAUAUGUUUUUCAGUGUCCUCAGUUCAGAACUGUUGGCUUUAAUGACUUUGUGCAAAUAAGUACAUGCCUUUAAGUUAAAGAGCUUCUAAUUUACUCUUCUGAGUUUGCAGUGGUAGCAAUAGAUAAUUCUUUGCAGUUUAACAAGUUCUGAUGUCCAGUUGAUUGUUUCUACCAUAAACCUUCAUGUGCAUACAGCAUCAGCUUUGUAACUGCCUGUUUGUCAGUUCUGCAUGAAUAAAUUCAGAUGGCAAUCUUUCUUUGACUGGAAGUACUUUGACUUGUUAUAAAAUACAGUUCUGUCCGCUAACUAUAGUAGCGCUACCUACUGUACAACAUCAGCGGAAUGAGUGCUGUGAUAGAAUAUUCAGUGUUUAUUUUCAAUUUCAUGUUUCCACUUUUCCUGAAUUCUUUUCCUUAUUUCAUGUCCUGUCACUUACCUGAAACUCUUGUCUGCCUAUCCCAAAGGCUUUGCACUUUCAUAAGUAAUCUUUCAGUAAAUAGUUUUUCACUGUUACAUUUGUACACAUUAAAAAAAAAAAAUCUCACAGUGAAGUAGUAAUGUAAUAGCUAUUCAUAAUGCAUGAAACUGGUACAUGUCUUUUCAUCUGUAGGUCUUCCAAACAUGUUUGUUUCUCCAAUGGAACUAUAUGAUGAUUUAAGAUAGAAACUUUACAGAUUUAUUUUGAGAAUCUUAAAUUUUUGUUGCAUUUUUAACGAGGAAGAAUUUACUUGCUAUUUGGAGAUUAGUCUUCUGAGAAACUUUAGGGUGUCCUUGAUAAUCUCUUUGAGGCUUUUUGAAUAUGCUUAUGCUAACAGUUAGAAUUUUUGUAUUAUUUGUAUAUAAUAGAGAUUUUUGAAUGUUUAAGAAUCUUCUGAUUUUUCUGAUGUCAAUGGAAAACUAGCAUGUGACAAUAUGUUGUGGUAACAGCAAUUACAUAUUGUUCUUAAGAAACGCAUAGUUCAAAAAAAUAGUAAUAGUAAUACCGUUGGGAAUCUGAUUACAGUUGAGCUUAGUUUAUAACCUUUGCCUGUGUUCAGGAUGGAUACUGGAAAAGCUGCAGUAGGUUCAAAUGUACUUAUAGAGAGUAACUAAUGCACCAUGUAGUUUUGGUCUUGCUCUGCGUUAUAAUGGGAAGAGGAGACUGUCAAAUGACGGCAUUAAAGUAGUGAUGGUUUUCAUUCUUUGUGCAUUUUGUCCUUCUCUGACUUGUCUGAUAUCUAAAUACAGUAUAAGAUGAUUAUUUAAUAGACAUAGUAAAUAAUAUCUAACGUUUGUUUGUUUGAAAAGUGGGGCACCCUACUUCAGGUAAAAGCAGAAGCUGUCUUUAGCCCCACAUUCUUAACAGGUACCAAGAGCCAGUAUAUGAAGAACAGUGUAAAGAAUAUGGCAUUACAUUUCAGAAAUGUUGUUUUGGCCUCUAGCAAUUCCUGAUCAGGAUUUUCAUGACAGGUUCCCUUUGGACUUAAACUUGCUGUUUCUUGAGCUAUGUCAAUUCCUAAUGUUUCUCCUGCAUUAAGGCACUCAGUAGUAUUAAAUGCUUUCUUCUGUGUUUUGAAGCCAUCCCUGCUCUGUCAUCUUGAUGUCCUGUACCCUCAAGAUGCAACAGGAACAAAUACCUUGCUUUUCCUGCUUUCUUGUAAAGUAAGAUGCAAGGCUUCUGUCAUCAUUUACCUCUCCACCCCCAA